GUCAAGUCAAAGUUGUUUUGUUUAUGUGUCAUAUUUGCCGUUAUUUUUCUGUAUUUAGCUUCAUGAAAAAAUGUGUGAUUUCAACGAUAGCCCUUUAAAAUUAACAGUAAAGUGGAAUGGCAAGGAGUUUAAUAUCCCGGAGUUCUCUCCCUCUGAUUCCGUAGCGAUGUUGAAGAUCGCAAUCGAGAAUGCUACAGGCGUCCGUCCGGACCGACAAAAAUUACUCAAUGUCAAAUUCCAGGGCAAGGUGGCAACGGAUAACUACACCCUGGCCGAGUUGAACCUCAAGCCCAACCUCAAGAUCAUGAUGAUGGGUUCGCUGGAGGAGGCGAUCCAGGGUGCGCAGACCAAGCCCGAGGGAGGGGACGAGGUGGUCAACGAUUUGGAUAUUGAGGAGGAAGAGGUGGAUGUAGAGAAUCAAGAGGUAUACCUAGCAAAAAUAAACAAGCGUGUGAGAGACUACAAAAUCAAUGUGCUCAAUGAGCCUCGGCCUGACAAGAAGCUCCUAGUCCUGGACAUAGACUACACACUGUUUGAUCACAGAUCAGUGGCAGAGACAGGUUACGAACUAAUGCGUCCGUUCCUCCACGAAUUCCUGACCACCGCCUACGAAGACUACGACAUAGUGAUCUGGUCGGCGACCGGUAUGAAGUGGAUCGAGGAGAAGAUGCGACUACUGGGCGUCUCCACCCACCAGGAGUAUAAGAUCAUGUUCUACCUGGACUACUUGGCCAUGAUCACGGUGCAUACGGCCAAGUAUGGUACCAUCGAUGUCAAACCUCUAGGCGUAAUAUGGGGCAAAUAUCCCCAAUACAGCUCAAAAAACACCAUAAUGUUCGAUGACAUCCGAAGAAACUUCAUCAUGAACCCGAAGAGCGGUCUCAAAAUCCGACCAUUCAGACAAGCGCACCUCAACAGAGACAAAGACCGAGAGCUGUUACACUUGUCUACAUAUCUCCGGGACAUUGCCCAGUACUGUGAUGACUUUGAUACGUUGAACCAUAAGAAAUGGGAGAAAUAUAAGCCGGAUAAGAAGCAUCAUGCCAGCAAGAGGAAAGCGGAGGACAGUGCGCCUGAGACGCCUAAGGAAUGACGGCGCGCGUUUAUGUUUUAAAGUAUGAUUUAAUGGGAUGUUACAAAAACAAUAUAUCUGGCAGUCAAUUCAUACAACCUUCAAACGUUCCCAUCUCAAAUGCCGGCAACACACUUACAACCAGGGUCAAGACAAACAUGGAAUCUGUGUAUAGCCAUCACAUAUAUCGAAGCGGGCGAGGUGCUCAUAAAUAUCUGAACACGCACUCUAGCGCCUUGAUAAUAGAAGCGUGUUCAGAUGUGUUUGAACGCUGUGCCGCUCCGAUAUAUCUUAUUAUGAGUGUGCAGUGUGCUAAAAAUAUGUUGUUUUUGUAAACAUCCAUAAUUAUGGUUUAUGCACCAUAAUCUUUGGUUUAAUUAUAGCUUGUACGGAAAAUAAGAAGCGGUGUUUAGUCACGAGCUAGAACUCUCUAUUAUGCAGUGAGAAUCACAAACAUGUGCACAUUUGCAUCAUUCCGCUUUAAAAGGGACUUUUCGCCUUUCUCUAACGCAGAGCAUUUAAAAUCCUAUGUCAUUUGCAAUAUGGUUGGAAAUGUACACAUGUUUAUGGGCUUGACUGAACGUAAAGUAUGGACGCUAAGCACGAAGAAUUUCGUACCCCCAUUUCCUAUCUAUUGUAGUAUUGCACGCGCGUAGUAGGGUAGUUGACAUAUUUUUAUUAAUGGUAUCAGUCAAUCAGGUUUGUUUUGAGGAUCAAAUGUCUGUAUGGGACCCAUUGUCUUAAAGCAAUACAAAAGUUUACUGACGAAACGCUUCUAACAGAAUGGCAAUACAUCGUGACGUCACCAUGUAACGUCGCUAUUGCUUAGAAGCCGUUUCGAUGUAUGGAAAACAAGGAAAUUGCGUCGGUGAAAUGUUGCGUUUAUGUACCUAUAUAUUGUUGCCAUACAAUAUUAUUUUUAAUAAAAUGUAAGUAAUCAAAUGGUACCAUUAUUUUUUUCUUUUUUGGAUCUUUAAAAAAUAACUUAAAUUUUGAAACUGAGGUCUUGUAUUUCUUUAUUCCCACAUUUAUUUAAGUUUUCUAUUUAUUGUGAUAAAUUGCUAAUUUUCUAUCUAUUUAACAAGAUUUAGAACAGUUACAAAAUUGAACAUGUGUCAACAACCCUAUUAAAUAGCUGUCACAUGAUGCCGGCGGUCAAUGCCACUGUGCGAGCGAAACAGCUAUAUAAUAGCGGGGCAAUGUGUAAAAUUUUUCGUUCUCAGCUUCCUUACUUUAUACUAAAACACUCAUGUUAACUUUAAGUAUUUGACUGCCGUCAUUUUUAUGCUGAACGUAUAAAAAAGCACCUUUCUAGCGUAAAUAAGUAAUUUAAUAAACUUAUUUUUUAUGUAUCUCAAAUUCAUUUUCAUUCUUGUUAAAUUUGAUUUCGUUCAAAAAUUGUUGUUUUUAUUUAAUUAAAAAAAAAACAAUGUAAGUAUGAUUUGUAGUUUUAAGUAUGAUUUAACGCAAUAUAUAAUUGAUAUUAUAAAACGAAUGUAAGUUCAUAAUACAUAUAGUUGUAUGUAGGACUGGAUUGUACAAUUUAAUUGGUUCCAUUACGUAAUGAAAGCUAUCCAUAUACCCAGUCUAUCUAUUCCAUUAUUACAGUCGUCGUCAAAUAUAUAGAGGCGGCCAAGGUGCUCACAAAUAUCUGAACACGCCUCUAUUGUCAAGGCGUUAGAGUGCGUGUUCAGAUAUUUUUGAGCACCUCGGCCGCUCCGAUAUAUCUGAUGGCGACUGUACUUUAAAAUAAUGUAAACAAACCAAACCUCGUGACUCGGUCAUUCCGAUUCCGCUAAUGAGAUAAAACUUUUUGUAUCUGUGGAAUUAUAUCAUUGGCUGUGCCGUACGACAUUGUAUAGUUUGUUUACAUUAUUUUAGGGUCAUAAUGGAAUAGAGUAUCACGUUAUUUUUCAUAAAGCGCGCUCCAGACUACGCGGCGCGAAGCCGCGAACGCGAGUGUGGAGUCGAUUUCGCUGAUUAGCGAACUAGACUCGCGUUCGCGGCUUCGCGCCGUGAUUCGCGCAUGAGUUUCCUUACCCAAAGGAUUAAAAUUAAGUUGGACAUAAUCAAGGCCUUCUAUAUAAUUACAGAAAAAAAGGCGUUUGUAGAUUGCGAUUAAUGCCCCUCAACUGAUUUCAUGUAAUACCUAUGUAACUUAUUUUGUGCAUUUAAUGCGAAUUUUAUUAGUCUUUCGAACAAGUGCCCGUGUACAUAAUUAUUCGUAAUAAAUAUUAAAAGUGCUCUAUAUCUAGUUGGUAGGCAUCUAAAGAGUUACUUGUAUUUAAAAAAUAAAGGAUUUAAAUCUUUAA